AUGCUCACCUCAACGUUCUCUAUCCAAGAAGCUACAGUUGAAGAUAUUAGACUUGCUUUCAAUGAAAAACGACUUACAUCAAAGCAGCUAGUCGAGUUGUAUCUCGAAGAAAUCUCUAAACUCAAUCCGAUACUCUUUGCAGUCAUUGAGACGAAUCCAGACGCUUUGAUCCAAGCAGAGAACGCAGACAGAGAACGUGAUGUGAAAGACGUUACCACUGAGCUUCCUUUCUUGCACGGUGUUCCCAUUCUGCUCAAGGAUUCCAUCUCCACCAAGGAUGAGCUGAACACCACGGCUGGCUCCUUGGCUCUGCUUGGUUCUGUCGUGCCUCGAGACGCGGGUGUUGUCAAGAGACUGAGAGAAUCAGGUGCUGUGAUCUUAGGAAAAGCGAGCUUAAGCGAAUGGGCUCAUUUUCGAUCUUUCGCUAUCCCAAAUGGUUGGAGCGCACGUGGCCUCCAAGGAAAGAAUCCGUACGUUUUAACAGCAGAUCCGUGUGGGUCAAGUAGUGGUUCAGCUAUUUCAGUGGCUGCUAAUCUUGUGACUGUGUCACUUGGGACUGAAACUGAUGGUUCCAUCCUCUGUCCGGCGAGUCAGAACUCGGUUGUUGGGAUUAAACCGACCGUCGGACUCACCAGCCGAGCCGGUGUUAUUCCUGUCUCCUUGAGACAGGACAGUGUAGGGCCAAUAUGUAGGACAGUUUCAGAUGCUGUAAUUCUCCUUGAUGCUAUUGUGGGUUAUGAUCCCUUGGAUGAAGCCACGAAGACUGCUUCCGAGUUCAUACCCGAAGGUGGUUACAAGCAGUUUCUGACAGCUAAUGGCCUUAAGGGGAAGAGACUAGGGAUCGUUAUGAAGGAUUCUCUUCUUGAUGAUCACAUUGAAUUAUUAAGACAAGAAGGUGCGACCGUUAUUGAAGAUCUAUCGAUACCGAACAUUGAAGUCAUUAUGGAUUGGACUGAGAGUGGUGCAAAGACAGCACUCUUGGCUGAGUUCAAGAUGUCUCUGAAUGCUUAUCUUAAAGAUCUUGUCGAGUCACCGGUCCGGUCCUUAGCCGAUGUUAUUGCCUACAACGAGAAAUUCGCUGAAGAGGCAAGUACUCAACAUUUUUUCUUUUUUGAAAAAAAUGUGAUCACUGAAUUGAGAAAAAAAACACAGGAAAAGAUGGAAGAAUGGGGACAAGAGGUCUUUCUUGAAGCAGAAGCAACCAACGGAAUAGGCGAGAAAGAGGAAGCAGCGUUGCAGAAACUAGAAGAACUUUCGAGGAAUGGGAUAGAGAAGCUGAUGAAAGAAAUGGAGUUAGAUGCAAUCGUGACACUUCGUUCAACAAUGAGCAGUGUCUUAGCCAUUGGGGGGUAUCCAGGAAUCAAUGUCCCUGCAGGAUAUGAUAGUGAAGGAGUUCCAUUUGGAAUAACCUUUGGAGGGUUGAGAUUCUCAGAGCCAAAGCUCAUUGAGAUUGCUUAUGGCUUUGAACAAGCAACUUUGAUCAGGAAGCCACCCGAGUUCGAAGCUCAAGGCAUUAGUAGUAAGCAACAAAAACAAAUUUCCUGGGAAAAUUAG